AUGGCUAUUGUAUCUACUGAAACUCAACGAUAUCCAGUUAGACUAUUAAUUGACACUGGAUUAGAACUGUCAUUCGUUACAGAUUCACUUGUUCACAAUCUUCAGUUAUCACGUACGAGAUUAUCAAUUGAAAUUUAUGGUAUUGGAGGAAAAAACGCCUCUAAAACUAGAGGCAAAGUUUCUGUCAAACUUGAAAGUAAAUACAGAAAAAUCUCAGUCACAAUUGAUACACACAUAUUAACAAAGAUCACUACACUAAUACCAGCAGUUGAUAUCAGAGCCGACUUACAAGAUUGGCCUCAUAUCAACAAACUAAAGUUAGCAGAUCCACAGUUCUUAAAAUCACAAAGCAUCGAUAUAAUAAUCGGAGCCGAUUAUUAUGGUUCCAUAAUUAAGCCUAACAUUAUCAAACACAGUGACACCGAACCAGUUGCACAACUAUCAGUGUUUGGUUGGCUCAUACUGGGACCAAUAUCCAUCCAGAAAGAUGAUUAUCUUGAUCACUGCAGCGAAUCAAUAAUAUUCGAGCAGGAACGAGGUAGUUAUCAUACACAAGUCACACAAAAUUGUCAAAGGAUGACCCAGAGUCAUCUGUCAGGAUCAAUAAUAUCCAAUCAGAACCUUGACAACUUGUUAACACGAUUUUGGGAACAAGAAGAAAUUCAAGCAGUAAAACUUAACAGUUACACACAAGAAGAACAAGAUUGUGAACAACACUUUAAAAACACACAUUCACGAGACGAAACGGGAAGAUACAUUGUUCGUCUACCAGUAAAUAAAUCUAGUACAGUGUUAGGAAGCUCGUAUUUACCGGCACACAAAUGUCUUCAAAGAAUAAUCAAGAGACUAGAAAAGGACACUACCUACAAAGAAUUGUAUCUGAAUUUUAUGGAAGAAUACGAAGAACUUGGUCACAUGCGCAGAGUGCCAGAUAAAAUAAAUAACACACGAGCACACUAUUAUCUUCCUCAUCAUGGAGUUUUAAGACCAUCAAGUACCACAACGAAACUCAGAGUUGUAUUCAACGGAUCCUGUAACACAGACACGAAUAAGUCUCUUAAUGACAUCAUGCAUGCUGGGCCAAAUUUAUUGCUCAACAUUGCUGAUGUCUUAUUGUGGAUCAGAUCCUUCAAGCACUUAUUCUCUACCGACAUCACAAAGAUGUUCCGCCAAAUCAAAGUUCACGAAGAAGACUGGGAUCUUCAACGUAUUUUAUGGACAGAUCAACACGGUAACGAGCAACCGUACCAGCUCACUACAGUUACAUAUGGUACAAAAGCUGCUCCAUAUCUUGCUAACAAAACACUAAUUCAGCUCACAGAAGACGAAGGUACUAAUUUUCCAUUAGCGGUCACACCAAUAUUAAAAGGUAGAUACGUUGACGAUAUCUUUGGUGGUGCAGAUACUAUGGAGGAAUUAAUGGAAAUUGUAACACAACUAACUGCUUUAUGCAUGGCGGGUGGUUUUCCACUUGCAAAAUGGCAUUUUACGUCACACCAUGAAAAUUCUCAAGAAACAAAUCAACGUACCACAACAAUGUUUGACAAUUGUGAAACCAAAAUACUCAGUAUCAACUGGUCACCGACUAUCGACCAAUUCAGUUUCACGUUUACAGAGUCACAACACAAUAGAGCCUACACGAAACGUCUAAUAUUGUCGGAAGUUGCGACAAUAUUUGACCCAUUAGGUUUUGUAUCACCGGUCAUAAUAAGAGCUAAGAUUUUGUUACAAGAGCUCUGGUUAAACAAAUUGGGUUGGGAUGACACAUUACCAACAACAAUAAGCACAGCUUGGGAAACAAUCAGGAAGGAAAUGAAAAGUCUGACGAGACUCUUCAUACCCAGGUGGUUCAAUACGAAGUCAGACACAGUUAUUGAUCUACAUGGAUUUUCUGAUGCUUCACAGUUAGCGAUGGCUGCAGCCAUCUAUCUAACAGUUUACACACCGUCCAACGGCGCCGAGACCACAUUAGUAUGCUCAAAAACUAAAGUAGCACCACUUAAACGGAUCACAAUUCCAAGACUGGAAUUAACAGCAGCGCUGCUAUUGGCCAAAUUAGUUACACACACACAGACACAACUGCAGUUUAAAAUUAGAAGCAUACAUCUUUGGACGGAUUCAACCGUAACACUAACAUAG